CACUAAUCAAUUCUGGUGAAAUCAUUUAAUGUUUUCUCCUCAGUAUUCUAAUCUGUAAAAUGAGGAUAAGAGCAGCUCCUAGGGCUAUUGUGAGGGUCAAAGGAGAUAAUAACUGUAAAGUACUUAUUAUUCUGUCUGGCACAAAGUAAGUGCUCUGGAAAUAUUAGUUAUUAUUAAUUUACAUUUGUUCUUUGGUUUUGGCUGUCUCAGUUUCUGAUUAAGAACAAUUACUCUUCCCUUCCCAUAUCGAUGUCCUGGUUUACCUAAUCCUAGAUGCACAUUAGGAUGAGAUAAUUAUUCAUUCCUUGAAGUUUCCCUUAACUCCUAGUUGGAUUACCUUCACAGUCCUAUUGAUUGUCAUGGUGUGCCAGGCACAGGAUCUUUAAUGCCACUCUUUCCCUUAUACAAUCAGGCAAUAGUGGAGUCCAUGGCUGAGCAGAACCAUACCACUGUGACAGAGUUCAUUCUCAUUGGCUUCACUGACCAUCCCAAGUUGGUGGUUAUUCUCUUCCUGGUUUUUCUCAGUUUCUAUCUCAUCACCCUGAUGGGCAACAUGGGCAUGGUCCUACUGAUCCGCUUGGAUUCCCGUCUCCACACCCCCAUGUACUUCUUCCUGAGCCACCUCUCCCUCCUGGAUGCUUGCUACUCUUCAGUCAUUGUUCCUCAGAUCUUGGUCAUCCUGGUUACUGGCAGGACAAGUAUCUCCUACAAUUCUUGUGCUACUCAGUUCUUCUUUUUCACAGUGUGUGCUGGAACAGAGUGUUUUAUGUUAGCUGUGAUGGCCUAUGACCGUUAUGUUGCUGUUAGCAAUCCUCUUCUAUACUCCUCAGCCAUGACACUGGGCACUCGUUGGGGCUUGGUGGCAGGAGCCUAUGGAGGUGGUGUGUCAGGAGCUAUCCUCCGCACAGCCUGCACAUUCACACUUUCCUUCUGUGGGCCCAACCAGAUCAACUUCUUCUUUUGUGAUCUCCCACCUCUGCUGCAACUUUCAUGCAGUGACACCACCACCAGCCAAAUUCUGAUCAUUUUCUUUGGCAAUUUUGUAAUUUUGGCUAAUGCUCUAGUGAUCCUGAUAUCCUACCUGUUUGUCAUGAGGGCCACCCUAAAUGUCAAGUCAGUUGGAGGCAGAGCCAAGACCUUCUCCACUUGUGCCUCCCACCUCACAGCUGUGAUGCUCUUCUUUGGGACCCUUACAUUUAUGUAUCAGCGUAGCAACUCAGGAAAAUCACUCGAGGAGGACAAGGUGGUGUCUGUCUUCUAUACUGUGGUUAUCCCCAUGUUGAACCCUAUCAUCUAUAGUCUGAGGAACAAGGAGGUGCAUGCUGCCUUCAGAAAGAUCAUCAAUAGAUUCCAGGUCUCCCAGGAGAUGUAAUUCUGGGACAUUCUGUAAUUCUGUAUGUAAUUCUGAGACAUCAUUCAUCUUAAUUGUCUUCUCCUCUAAAUAAUGUAAAUGUAAGCUGGCAUUUAUUAAAAUCUUUUUUCACAGAUGCUAUAUUAGUGUCUUAGAAGGAUUCUAGGGUCUAGAAUUGGGAGGGACCUAACAGAACAUUUAGUCUAGUAUAAUUUGCAUUUAUAAAUAUGUAGGACAAGAACCGUCACCUUAGGGAGAUUAUAGUUUAAUUGGGAAGAAAUUAAGACAAGUAGAUAUGAUGUAGUAAUCUUAGAGGCCAUUGAAGUAGGAGGCAGGAGACAUAAUUGCAACAUUUACUUGCUAUGCCAAUAGGGAAAUGUAUAUGCUCCUCUCUUGGCUUCAGUUUCUUCCUCUACAAAAUUUAAA